AUGUCGUUUGUUGCUCCUCCUGGCUAUCAGCCAGUCUACGGCCCUAGAAUUCCCUAUCUGGGGCCCAUUUAUGGAGGCCUGAGGGAGGGAGUGUCCAUCUACAUCCAGGGGUCCAUUCCUGAGGACAUUACCAGGUUCUUUAUCAACCUGCUCUGUGGAGAGUCCGAGUCCUCCGACAUCGCCCUCCACUUCAACCCCCGCUUUGAUGGCUGGGACAAGGUGGUCUUCAACUCCUGUCAGGAGGGGUCCUGGGGGUCUGAGGACAAGAUCCGCGACAUGCCCUUCUGUAAGGGCCAGGCCUUUGAAAUGGUCAUCAUAGCCACUUCUCAGGGCUACCAGAUCAAAGUCAACGGGAAUGACUUCCACACCUUCGAACACCGCCUCCCUGUGCAGAGAGUUUGUGCGAUGCAAAUCAAUGGAGACGUGUCAAUCCAGACGAUCAACGUCAUCGGGAUGGGAGGAGGAGGAGGAAUGGGAGGAGGAAUGGGAGGAGGAAUGGGAGGAGGAUGUCCAGGAGGUGGCAUGGGAGGAGGAUACCCAGGAGACAUGGGAGGAGGCAUGGGAGGAGGAAUGGGAGGAGGAAUGGGAGGAGGCAUGGGAGGAGGCAUGGGAGGAGGAUAUCCAGGAGGUGGCAUGGGGGGUGGAUAUCCAGGAGGCAUGGGAGGUGGUAUGGAGGGAGGAUUCCCAGGAUCAAACCUGCCGGGAAUGGGCGGGCAGCCAGUCUACAACCCUCCGGUACCCUACUCCAACAUGAUCCAAGGAGGGAUGUACCCUAAGAGGACCAUCAUCAUCAGAGGCAUGCUGCCCUAUGGAGCAGACAGACUGAGCAUCAACUUCAUGGUGAGCAGAUCUCGGGACAUCGCCUUCCACAUGAACCCCAGGGUGAGGGAGGGUGUCGUGGUGAGGAACAGCAUGAUUGGAGGUAGCUGGGGCCAGGAGGACAGAGAGCUCAGCAUGAACCCCUUCAUGGAGGGACAGUACUUCGACAUGUCCAUCCGCUGCGGGAACCAGAGGUUCAAGGUGUUUGUGAACGGGCAGCACCUGUUCGACUUCUUCCACCGCCUGCAGUCCUUCAACGAGAUCGACAUGCUGGAGAUAGAAGGCGACGUGCAGAUCUCCUACAUCCACUUCUGAGACCACACACACACACACACACACACACACACUUAUAGGAACUAUACAUUCUGUACAUUACUCAGAUAUUUCAGGUGUUUUUGAGCUGUGAGAUGAUCUUUCAGAGGAUAUGUCAGCUGCGUUGUUAUAUCCCUGCUGUGUGAUUCAUUAUUUACCUCAUAAUCGGCUGAUUUGAAUCAAUAAACAUGUCACCAAAACCCGCAAUGCGGAUUAGAUUAACAUCGGCUACAAUAAAGUUCAGGGAGAGAGCUCAUUGA